GGUCGCCGUUGGAGGAUACCGACUACGAUCGUGUCGUGCGGCUGGGCACGAUCGAAGCGGUCGCGACGCCGCUCACCAAGGAGGCCGACCAGCGGUUCUCCGGCCACCUCUCGUUCGUGAGCGACGUGGGCGGGCGGCGGAGCGACGACAUGUCCAUCGGUGCCGUGCGCUUCCUCUCCCAGCGCUCCAGCCUGAUGCCCGGCUCGGCGCGCGACUUGGCGCGCUCGAGCUACAUGACGACCGACACCAGCCGCUCGCGCAUGUCCGGCCUCUCCGAGUUCCCCGCUCCCCCUGAGCAGCUCACCGUUUCGCCCACGCAGGCCGGGCUGCUCCAGUCUUAUCUCAGUGCCACCUCUCGGUCUCAGAUCCGUGUCAACGACGUUUCGGAGACGGUCGUCGGCGUCAGCCUUCGAGAGAACAUACCCCACUACGAUCCCCACUACCGUACCACCUUUGGACGGGAAGAAGAUUUUUCCCGGCCGUAUUGACCUCGGACUCGUUCCCCUCCCUUCCGAUCCUCACACCUCUCUCGACAUAUCCCAUUAUUGUACUCUAUACUUUAGUGUUUACAUGGAAUUAUUUCGGUGCUCGUUCUUCCACUGCAGAUACCUCCUAGACGUCGCUACCACAUCGCAUCCUUUGCUUUUGUCUUUAUCACACUUCAGUCUGGCGUAGCUGCUGUCCUAAAAUUAUUCGUUUACAUAUG